AUGUCGUCCUCGAGUCAUCCGCCGGCUUCGCACCGCCACAAUGCGUCACUAAGCUCGGCAGGUCGAUCGUCGAGGAAAGGAAAAGUAGCCUCUGAGCCUAGGGAGUUCGCCUCAUCCAAUUCCGCCAUAAAAUAUUUUGAACCAAUAGCGGCGACCGACCAAGUAUUGCUAUACGGGCAGGGUAAUUCGGUUGUCGUUGCAAACCAUGACAGCUUAACAAUCGAGAGGCGCUUCUCCCGCCACGCGGCCGAGGUUCAAUUGCUCGCGGUUGAUACGCAAAGUGCAACGAUGGGCAACGGAAGAUUCGUUGUGAGUUAUGAUGUGGACAUGACUGCCAUUGUGUGGGACUUGAUGACAGGUGAAGAAGUUGCUCGGUUCUCCUCAUAUGAGAACCUCACCUGCGCAGCGUGGAUGCGUAACGGCAAUGUCGCAUUUGGCAACGUACAAGGAAACGUUAUUCUCUUUGAGCCCAUGACGUCCGAGCACAUAUCUGCGCGGACCAUCGAUCAGAUCCCUAUAACUGCAUUAGCUCCCGCUGCUGACUGCAGAACCUUUGCCAUUGGAUACCAGAAUGGCUCUCUUAUCAUCGCUACCCUUCAGCCUAGAUUCACGAUCUUGCAUAGCCUGAGUACCUCAAGGUCGCCAUCUCCUAUAGUCACGCUCGCUUGGCAUGCAUCAUCUUCCCGCCAAAAAUCGGACAUGUUAGCUGUGCAGACCGAUGACGGAGACUUGAGAGUGUGGAGUGUGGCCAAGUCGUUCAACAAUAACGACCCUGCCAAGGUGGUACGGAUCUUAAAGCGGAACGACAGCUAUCAAAAUGGCCCCAACUGGAUGGGCUGGUCAAAAAACGGCCGCAUUAUCCAAUUUUCUGAUAACGAGACUCUAUCAUGGGAUGUACGAACCAAACAUGUCACCUGGGAUAGCAUACCAACUCUUGAGCAAGUCCGCGGCCUCGCCGUAUACGGGCCUGGCGCAAUGCUUUUUACCCUCGGCGCCAACAACACUGUACAGCAGUUCGACCUGAACACACCAGCGAUGAUGAUUGCCAAUGUUCAGCAUCCUGCCAACCUUCUGCCACCGUCGCCGCCUGUGUCUAUUGAAGAGCAGCCGGAGCAAGGCGUCGUGAUUAUUGGCGCGGAAUCUGAUUCGUCCAUCCCUAUUGACGCCGGUAUUUCAGAAAGCGAUGACGAUCACAUGUCACCUCUGGCCCGGAUGGUUCGCGGAACUGACUCUACUAGUGAUUCAUUCGAUCAGGAUAGGUAUAUGUCGGCAAGUUCUGCUGCUUCUACUGCGAGCUCUACUGUUUCCAAGUCAUCCGCAAACUCUGGAACGCAAGGACGGUACCAGCCAUCAGUGCAGUCUCGAGGAAUGACGGAGAAUACUUACAUUUCCGCUGGCUCUUCUCUGCGAUCAUCCGUCCGUCCGCCCUAUGGUGAUAAAGAUGCGUACUCACUCAGUGGCGUUAGCUCGGUUUCCAUUACCUCAUCUUCCAGAUCCCGAACUCGGCCCUCGAGGCUUCGGAAUGAAGUUUUGCCUAGCCCUAGCCCCGAUGAAUCCAGGGCUCACGACCUCUUCAAGUUCACCAGAAGUCGUCUCCACGAUGUUCCUUACAAACGCACCCCGCUAGCUGACCAGACGCAUCUGACAAAUGAUGAUCUCCGUCGACAAAUGCUCAGCAUCAUCUUUGGAUGGAACUCAGAGAUGGAUGAUCUCGUCCGUGAUGAAAUGUUACGACAUCCUCCUAGAUCUGCGAGUCGUAUUCUGCUUGCCAAGUGGCUCGGGGAUAUCAAUACCGACGUGAUGGCAACAACUUCAGAAAACAUGACAUCUUCUGAUUGGAUGCUUCUCGCCUUGAGUGGCAUCGGAGGUCAAGCUUCACAGCACAGCCUUGGCCGUGCUUAUGUGCAACGACUUCUGGAGAAUGGUGACGUACAUGCUGCAGCUACUAUCAUGAUAGGAAUGGGCGACCACAAUGACGCGAUCGAGAUAUAUAUAUCGCACAAGAAGUACCUGGAAGCUUUAGUCUUGCUUUGCUUAUUCUUUCCUGGCGUAUGGGAACGUCAAGCUGCAGUCAUCAAGAAAUGGGGCGACUUUGCUGUUCAGCAUGGCCAACAGGGCUUGGCAAUUCGAUGCUAUGCUUGCACUGGCGUCGAGUCCACGGAGCCGUGGACGUCGCCAUCUGCUGCACAGGUAACCUUUCCAAGUAUUGACAUCAGCCAAAGUGUUCCUGAAAUCUUGAGCCCUCCGCUGUCUCCUCCUGGAUUGAACCGUGGGCCUCAACGCAGCAUCGCAAAAUCAUCGGCUCUGAAGCUUAUAACCUCAUUUGACGACAAGAGACAGAAGGCAAAGUUUUUCACAGACGGCGAUGAUGGAAGGACGCCUAUUGCCGCUGGCGUGACGCCAAUUGCUGAAUCGGCAAUUUCUCCUGGUGGACGUGAUCCGAGCACGGCUUUCCUUCGUCCGUCUCAACGUAGUGUCUACAACACCCCUGCUUCAGCAAACCCCGUUACGCCGGGCGGCUUUGGUCGACAAAGACUCUCUUCUAUUGGUGAAGUAGCUGCGGAUGGAUUUUCACGCAACGCUCCCAACGAUAUCCUAGUUGAUAUUGUUCCUGAUUCCACUCAUCCCCAACCCCGCGAACACGGCCGACAGGGCUCAAACGAUCAUUUUGACACUGGGAUGUCUCUUCCACGAGCUGCUACAGCCGACCCAAUGAUGAUGAGGGAUAUACAGAGCCGCAAGGACGCUCCCCCACCCUCCCCAUCACCUGAAUCUAUUAAUGCCCUAAUGCAACAGGGCCGUUCUAGCAGGAACGGUGCACGUGAUCGACGACCUGAAGGAAUGGAGCUCAAAUUGAACUCAAUUGAUGCUGCCAUGGCUAGUGAUGUUACCUCACCAGAACAAUCUGUUACAUCGUCGACGCGCUUCCAUUGGCCCACGCGCCGCCGUGGACCUGGUUCGGUAGCCGGUUCAGUCACGUCUAACUCUAGCGCAGGACGGAGCUACCGAGUCAAUCAUGCUGGUGUAGGAAACAGAAGCCUUACCGACUAUAUUCACAGCUUAGAAACUGCCCAGCAUUACUCCAAGAAACAGCGUAGCCGUGAAAGUAGUCGACAUCGUCAAGAUGAUCGCCCCGGACGAAGCCGUGAUAACAGCCGAACUCGCAAGGCGCGUACCCGAGAGAAUUCGGAAGAGAGAGGGCGAGGACCUUCAAGGAAUUGGACACCUAAGCCUAAGCGUUCACCUACCUCUCCAAUUCCCAUGUCUCCUGAAGAGCUCAUCAAUCUCAGCACCCCGAAGCAGCUUGAUAUACAAUUGAAUGACGAGAUCGUUCUUCCUCUUGAUUUAGACUCUACUGCCCCCUCUACAGUUCGCAAAUCCAGUCAAAUUCGACGCUUAUCGCCUCGGAACGCCCGCGGGUCCAGUCGCGCGUCGAGCCGAGGUGGUCGGACGAAGAGUCGCGAGCGCCGUCCACCAGCGCUUGACAUCCGGGGUCGAAGUGAAAACCGGGGUGAUGGCUCUAUGAUUAGAUCGCCCUCAUCGCCGUUGCCCAUGUCUACUCAGCUCAAGUUUUACCAUGAAUCCGACGAUGAUGAUGCUGACUACCGCGCGGCAGUCGAGGCACAAGAGCAAUUUAGGAAUCGACACAACCGGAGUGGUAACGCAGAUCCUUCAUCUCCCGCCGUUUCGAGGGCACGAGAUCGAUCUGAGAGCCGACGAAGGAGGAAUAAGACUCCUGCAGACCAAGAACCUCCGAUGCCUCCUCAGCCGGUCCAACCGGUACAACUGGUUCAACCAGUUCAGCCAAUUCAGUCACUUCAGCCAGCCCGCGAACAAUUGACAACACAGGCUAGUGUUGGAGACUUGAAGCAAAUCUCACUUCAACGACAGCUCAAGAAAGAAGCGGCGGCUCGCGAACUGGAAGAACGGCGCAAGUCCCUGGCCCGGCGGCCUUCUGUGCCACCUAUCAUGCACCCAGACCAGCUCUCCCCCAUUGUUGCCAGAUCACCUAGUGCUUUCGAGCUUCCCCAGACGACAUUCGUCCCUCCAAGGGAUGUGCCGUCCAGAAGCCAAACCGCCGACUUUGCUACUCGAAGGGGUUCCAAUAUGCGUAGCCCCAACGGUCAAAUGAUUGGCCUUCCCGCUACCCCCAAGGCUAUGAGACUACAGUUCCAGAAUGACAUGAGGAACACACCCGGAGUCCCUCCUGUUCCUACAAAUUACAAGACUUCCCCUCCUUCCUCAGCACAACCUUCGCCAGAAAGGCUAAGCAACAACUCGCCUACCAAGAUCCCCGAAGACGCACCGUUGACUUUGCUUCCUUCUACUGUAUACUCUCCUCCAGUAAGACCCAAUAUUCCGAGGUGUAUGUCAGCACCUAUUCCCGAGGAACCUGCAGGUCGUCCUAGUGUGCCUAGGCAAUCGACCUUCCAGCACGGAAUGCAAGCUGCCAACUCGCAUACGCGUAGAGGCUCCAACGCGAGAAAGAUGAGUGUUGAUGCGACAGCUGGCAUGCGCGGAAUUGACGAGAUUAUCGGCGGAGGAAGGCAUUCAAGAAAAUCCUCCCGCGAUGAUAUCCCACCUCCGCCUCCGCCACCUCCCAUUUUGAAGGAGCUGCAGCACUUGGCCAUCCCUCCUCCCCCUCCUCCUGCGCCACUACCUGGCUUGCGGCCGACGGUGUACGGUAGCCCACCCGGCGCCGGAUCCAUUGAGAUUGUGAUGGAUGAGGAAGAACAAGGCCAAGCAGUACCAGCAGCCGCCCCUAUGCACGAGACCAUCGUGCCAAUUAUUGCACCGCCGGCACCGCCGUCAUCACGGAAUGGUCACCACCGCGGACGCAGCGUUACUGACAAUAGCAUUGCCGGUCGCCUCAGCCGUGCCACAGAGCGCAUGCGAUCUGCGAGCAGAGGGCGAAGCAACUCUAUCCUCGGAAGCAGGACUAAGUCGCCCGAUCAGACCUCGCCUUAUGAAAGCGUACCGCCCCCACCGCCCCCAGUUGGCUACAACAGCCCGCCAGUCCCGCCACUGUCUCAGCCACUCCAGCCUACUCAGCUCGCAGGCCAGAACGUUGAGCGUCACCCCCGUGAGGUGCGGAUGGCAUAUCAGCAGCAGCAAGAAGUUGGCAGCGGCCUGCACCACAGCGAGAUGAUCUAG